AUGGGGUUUCCCCAUGUGCAGCAGGCUGGUCUCGAACUCCUGACCUCAGGUGAUCCACCUGCCUCAGCCUCCCAAAGUGCUGGGAUUACAGGCAUGAGCCACCAUGCCCAGUCUGCUAUGGUUCUUAAAAUAUUCACAGAAAAGAAAUUGAAGAAGUAAGUCUAUUCGUUUUUAUAUUAAAAGUAGCUGGUACGGUGCUCUGUACUUAUGCACUCCAUGGAUGCUGAAUGAGUCACUGAAUGAAGUGGAGUCUAGGUUGUGCCUCAGGCCUUCUAGUUGGGGCUGGAAGGAACAGUUGUGAAGUUGUGGGGCGGCUUCUGUGCAUCGGGGGGCUCUGGAGUAUGUUAGAUGGUUUCCCAGGGCUCUGAAGGAGAAGAACUGUGUUCCUAACAAUGAUCUCAGCGGGAAUGGAGAUUGCUGGGAACCGCAGGGGCCAGGUUCUCAUUCCCCAAAACUUCCCUUUCAUCAUCCAAGAAGGCAUUCAGGUCUUUCUGUGCAAGGCCCCAGGUAAAGUGCUGGACUACCCAGUAAUUAGGUUCAAUAGCAGGAUGGCCUCAGAUUGAGGUCCCAGGGCCAAAGGACCGCCCCUCUCCCCAGCGCGGGUCCAGGAAAGGCAAGCUCCGGGCGGGAGCACGCCGCGCCCCUGGAGCCUGGCUCCCUCGCCACGCCCACUUCCUGCCCCCAUCCCGCGCCUUUCCAGGUCUUCUCCCGGUGAACCGGAUGCUCUGUCAGUCUCCUCCUCUGCGUCCUCGGCCGCGGCCCUGGUCCCUCGCAAAGCCGCUGCCACCCCGGAGGGCCCAGCCAGUGGGCUCCCGGAGGCUGGCCGGGCAGGCGUGGUGCGCGGUAGGAGCUGGGCGCGCACGGCUACCGCGCGUGGAGGAGACACUGCCCUGCCGCGAUGGGGGCCCGGGGCGCUCCUUCACGCCGUAGGCAAGCGGGGCGGCGGCUGCGGUACCUGCCCACCGGGAGCUUUCCCUUCCUUCUCCUGCUGCUGCUCCUCUGUAUCCAGCUCGGGGGAGGACAGAAGAAAAAGGAGAAUCUUUUAGCUGAAAAAGUAGAGCAGCUGAUGGAAUGGAGUUCCAGACGCUCAAUCUUCCGAAUGAAUGGUGAUAAAUUCCGAAAAUUUAUAAAGGCACCACCUCGAAACUAUUCCAUGAUUGUUAUGUUCACUGCUCUUCAGCCUCAGCGGCAGUGUUCUGUGUGCAGGCAAGCUAAUGAAGAAUAUCAAAUACUGGCGAACUCCUGGCGCUAUUCAUCUGCUUUUUGUAACAAGCUCUUCUUCAGUAUGGUGGACUAUGAUGAGGGGACAGACGUUUUUCAGCAGCUCAACAUGAACUCUGCUCCUACAUUCAUGCAUUUUCCUCCAAAAGGCAGACCUAAGAGAGCUGAUACUUUUGACCUCCAAAGAAUUGGAUUUGCAGCUGAACAACUAGCAAAGUGGAUUGCUGACAGAACGGAUGUUCACAUUCGGGUUUUCAGACCACCCAACUACUCUGGUACCAUUGCUUUGGCCCUGUUAGUGUCGCUUGUUGGAGGUUUGCUUUAUUUGAGAAGGAACAACUUGGAGUUCAUCUAUAACAAGACUGGUUGGGCCAUGGUGUCUCUGUGUAUAGUCUUUGCUAUGACUUCUGGCCAGAUGUGGAACCAUAUCCGUGGACCUCCAUAUGCUCAUAAGAACCCACACAAUGGACAAGUGAGCUACAUUCAUGGGAGCAGCCAGGCUCAGUUUGUGGCAGAAUCACACAUUAUUCUGGUACUGAACGCCGCUAUCACCAUGGGGAUGGUUCUUCUCAAUGAAGCAGCAACUUCGAAAGGCGAUGUUGGAAAAAGACGGAUAAUUUGCCUAGUGGGAUUGGGCCUGGUGGUCUUCUUCUUCAGUUUUCUACUUUCAAUAUUUCGUUCCAAGUACCACGGCUAUCCUUAUAGCUUUUUAAUUAAAUGAAGCCAAGUGGGAUUUGCAUAAAGUGAAUGUUUACCAUGAAGAUAAACUGUUCCUGACUUUAUACUAUUUUGAAUUCAUUCAUUUGAUUGUGAUCAGCUAGGUUAUUCUAGUGUAGUUUUUUUAAACUGUGGGUUUUCCUAGUAAAUUUAAUUUAUAUAAGUCAAUGGUAGCAUUUAGUAAUCUACAAAGGAAAUAUCAAAGUGUUUUUCAAGCCUAUUAUAUUCAGUGUGUGCCACAGGAUUGAAAUAAAUGACAAUGUAAUUAUGAAUUCAUGUUUUAGAACUGUUUACUCAUUAGUAAAGGACCGCAAUGUUAGUAAAGAAAACCUAUGAAAUGUAUGUUAAAGAUUCUUAGUAUUGUACAGGGAUAAAGCAAAUGCAUGAAAAUAUGUCAUGUACUGAAAAUUAAACUUACUGCAGUUUCGGUUAUAAAGGACGUGCACUGUUACGAAUAGUGUUUUGUUAUUAAUUAUAACUAGAUAAAGGUAUAUAGGACAGGGAACUGGAUGAAUGGUACCUACAAUUUGGAUGCCUAACCAAGGACUGGAGCUUCUUCUUGAGAUCUAAAUCUAAAGUAAAUGUGCAUUAAAACAGUGUGCUUCAAAGGCAUCAGACGAUGAAAGCAACAUACCACAACUAGGAGUUACUUCUCAAACUUAAAUGUCAUCUGGGAAUCCAGACUUAAAAAUAAGAGCAAACUUAACACACUAUCCAUUUUCGAGCAAACUUAACCCACUAUAUCCAUUUUGCUCAUGUGUUUUAUGGAACCAGCUUUCCAUCAAAUCCUCAGUCCUUGAACCCAGAUAAAAGGUUAAUUAUCCUAGGGUUAGUGAAUGAUUCAGUGAAGCUUUCUUGAAAACAAAUACAGGAGUGUAAUGUACUAUUAUGUUUGUAUCCUGUUUUAGUUUAUAAAGCACUUUCACAUACAUUAUGGUAUUUCUUCCUCACAACAACCUUGUAAAUUAGUCAGGAAAUGUAAAUUUUAUCUGACUCAUAGAAGUAAUGGAAGCUGAAAGCCAAAAAUAAAGUUUAUAAGCAGACCUUCAAACUCUCAAA